CUUCUGCCACCUCGGCCGUCGGGGCGGGGGAGCCGGACUUCGUGUAUUCCGUACCUGGAGACUGCCGCCCUCUUGGGGCGGGGGCGGGGGAAGCCGGCCCCGCCCGUCCCAGUCACGAGGCGAGAGCAGAGUAGAUGCUCUGUGGCUCAGCGGCGCUUCUGCAGCGGCGGCUGCAGUCGUUCUGCUAUGGAGGACAGUCUGGUCCGCGCUUUCGGAGGCCUGAGCCUCCAGCAGCGUCGUGCCCAAGACAGGCGCCCUCCUCGCAGGCGCCGUUUCAGCAAAAGCCUCUACUUGCUCCGAGGCCUGCCCGGUUCCGGGAAAAGUACCCUGGCCAGGCAACUGAAACAUGAAUUUCCCAGUGCAUUCAUUUUUAGUACUGAUGACUUCUUCAUCACAGAUGAAGGCACCUACAUUUUUGAUCCUAAUGCUCUGGAAGAAGCACACCAGUGGAACCAGAGAAGAGCACGUAAAGCAAUGAAGAAUGGGAAAUCCCCAGUUAUUAUUGAUAAUACCAACAUCCACGCAUGGGAAAUGAAGCCAUAUGUGAUAAUGGCACUUGAAAACAACUAUGAGGUUAUAUUUCGAGAGCCAGAUACACACUGGAAAUUCAAUGUUCGGGAACUAGCCAGACGGAACAGCCAUGGUGUUCCACGAGAGAAAAUACAACGAAUGAAAGAACAGUAUGAACAUGACAUUACCUUCCAUAAUGUGCUCUAUUGUGAAGAACCAGCCUGACAUUUCCAUAGAUCCUAUGGGGUCAGCAGUGCUGGAGGCUACUCCAGUUUGAAUUGAACAUUCCUAAUUCAACAUUCCUUAAUUGAAGUGCUAACAGCAACUCUGGCAAAUGAAAGGUCUUUUAAUAGAACUGAGUUCCAUAGGGUGUUUUAGUAAAUUGUAUUGUCAUAUAACUUUUAAAAUAUGUAUUUGUAGAAAUUGUAUUAUUUUAAACAUUUGUAUUUUUCUACUGACCAAAGCUUAGGUUUAAAAGUUCUAUAUACUCUUUGAAUGUGAAAAAAAUAUAUUGUUAUUUGUUUAAACCAACUUGCAGGCCUAUGAGCAAAUUAUGAUCUGUACUUACUGAAUUCCUUUGUUACAUAUUAGAACAUAAGAAUCACCAUGCUGGAUCAUGCCACAAGUCCAUCUUGACCAGCAUUCUAUUCAGACUGUGGCUAACCAGCUGCCUAUAGGAUCUCACAAGCGGGAGAGGAAUACAUUCCACUGCCUUUCUCCCAUUUUUAAUCAUUUUUAUGGCAUUAUUUAUGCAAGUCUUUCUAUUUGCAGAAGUUUUUGACAAGAUGGAGUCCCUUAGGUGUCUAUACGUAGAAAACAAUCAUGUAUUAUUAUUGUACAUUAAAAUGCACAGCAAUCUAGCAGUUCAACUACUAUUGUGCAUCAGGACAUAUUUCCUGAAGUCAAGUGCUUAUGGCAAGAAGAGUAUCUAUAUUACCAGUGGUUCUGUAGAGUGCUUGGAAUUAACUCCUGGCAAGAAGCUUGCCUGUCUCAGAUAAUUACUACUCUUGUGCCACCAAUUAUAAUCUUAAUAUAAUGUGACAGUGAUAGCUGGAAGUUUAAUACACAGGCCUGAAAAAGUGCAAUCUUCCAAUUUCCAUCAAUAUUAUUGAGAUAUUUAGUUCUGUUUACAAGAUGGUACACCGUACUAGAGAUUUCCUUCCUGAAAUAUUGGCACACCUGCUUAUUUUACAAUGUGAAAUUAGGGGAAGGGCUCCAAGCCAAUUGUGCAGUCCCAUAUAAUGUCCACAUCCUUGCAACUCUUCUAGGCUAGUUUCUAUUUAUACUAGGAAAGAAAAUGAUAGAGCAUAAUUAUGAGUAACAUCAUUUCCACCUGUCUAUUUAUCCUGUAAUGCUGCAAGUUCACGUACCUUAAAUUGCUGGUUUUCUUUUGAAUAAUUUAAAAUCUGUUUGCAUCUCUAUAGAUGAUAGCAUUUAAAACAAACUGAAACCUAUUUUUUCUUGAACUAUCUAUACUUAAUGUGCAAAAGGGAAUCGUUUUGACUGAAUCUUUUGACCUUUACACUGGACUGCUACAAUCAUAAAGCAUGAAAUAAACUUUAGGAAAAACCUGUA